AAGUAUGAAUAAUCAAGUCACUAGUGGAAUCUCCACAGAUAUUGUUUUGAAUUCAUCCCUGCCACUAAAACCCGUCGAUAGCUAUUCUAUAGACACUGUAGAUCCAGAUAUCACUGUCAGUAUAGAUUGUACAGAACCUUCAGAAGCAUUAAAAGAAAAUAUCAUAGAUGGAAAGCCGACCUACAGACCUGUUGGUUUAGAACAUUCAGUUUCCUAUCCAGCAGCAUCAUCACCAUCAUCGUCAGAAAGACUUCCACCACCGGAAGUAACAUCCCAGGAGACUGGGUUCAGUAUGCUAUCCAACUUUCGUAGACGUCUUAAACAACACUUAACGCCUGGAAGAAGUUCUUCGCUACACAAAAGUAUGCACGAUUUAUCCUUAUCACCGAAAAAGACUACCUCUUCGCCCUCAGCAUCGUCUUCAUAUUUAUCAAAAAAUGAUACAGACAGUGUAAAGUCUGCUUCCACAACCUCACCAUCUUCAUCUAGCGGAAGUAAAUCAAAUUUAACACAAGAUGUCCCUGAGGAUAUAAGUGGGAUACAGAAAGAGCAUGAAAUCGCUUUGCAGAAUGUUUCCUCGCUAACUGAGGCUCAAGUCCAGUUACUUCAGUCUACUUGGAAUUUAGUUAAACAGCAUAUUGAGAAGAUUGGAGUCAUCACAUUUUUGGGUAUAUUCGAACAACACUCUGAUUUUCGUGAUGCAUUCACUGAAUUUCGAAAGAAUAAAUUCGUUGACAUUAAACAUGAUCCAGCAAUGCAAGUUCAUGGUCUACGUGUUUUAAGCAUAAUGGAUAAAUUGGUUACUCGACUGCCUAAGACGGAUGAUAUUGAAAAACAGUUAAUGACAAUUGGAACUAAACACUGUCGAUAUGUUCCAACCAUUGGACUUGUAUCGAGUGUUUCCGACCAGUUAUGGGGUGCUAUAGAACCAGUUCUAAAAGAAGAAGGCCUAUGGUCAGAUAAUGUCGCUCAAACAUGGAUAACUGUAUUAGACUAUUUAACAAAAACUGUUCGAUAUGGUCUAGCCAAAACAUUUCGAUCUACCACAUGGACAUAAGUAAUCAUUCAGUAGAAAAAAAUUAUCAAAUCAUUUAUUUCCAAGAGAAGUAAAAAAUAAACAAACAGCUGACGGUUGAGACCUCCUCAAAGUGAAAAAUGUUUACCAUUCUGAAGAAAUUGUUUGUGAAUACUAUCCAGAAACAACAGCUGGUGAUUGAGAUGUAGAUUUUGGUAUAGAUAAGACCUAUUUUUUACUAAUCUUUAAUGUAUGUACAUUAUUGCAUUUUAUUGUGUGAUCCAGCAAUCUCUCUCGAUAGAUGCCUGCAUUCCAAACUUCUUCAAGAAUUCUUAUUUUAAUUAAACAUACAUUUAUGUAUGUAAUGCUGUCAACGAUUAACGAACAGCCUGCUUUGUCUUACUAUCAUUAUUAUUCACAACUGUAAAAUAACUUCUUUUCACUUGCCAAAUUCACUUGUCCUUAUGUAUAUUUUGCCCUCACCUCUGCGAGGAAUAUACUCUUCACGUACAGUAUACCAUUCAAAGAUUAUUGGGAUACGUAUCAUAACCAGUUUCUUCUCAUGAAGACAUUUGUUACUCUAUGUAGAGUACUCUAUGUAUUUUUUCUUUCUUCUUGAAUACUUGCCAAAAGAGACCAUCAUUUAACUGUUUUUUCUGUUUAUAUGUUUUCUUCUGCAUGCACAUUAAAAUGUAAUCACAUCACAGAUUUAUGAAAGAGAAAAAU